AUAUUUCUACAAAUAGCACCAUUCUUUUUCAAAUGCAACUAAGCAAAAGCAAAUACAAGGAAAACAAAGGACCAAAGUGGGAAUAUAGUGAUUGAGAACCUUAGGGUAAAACUAACCUCUCAUACUUUGACGCAAGGCUCCCUCACCCUCACUCCAACCAUGACCGGCGAUCCGGCGUUUUCCACCGGCGAUCACCAUCACGCUUUGUCUCCUUCCCCGCCGCCCAACCUCCUCAUCACGAUGGAAGAGGGUUCUCAAAACAGUGAGCAAUUAUUUGAGGAUGAUGGAAAUGAGCUUGAAAUGGAAGGGAACGACAUUGAUAUUGACAGCAAUAGCCUUGACAUAGAAGGAAAUGGCCUCGACAUUGAAAGCAAUGGCCUUCAGGAUGAUUGUGACGGAAUGCUUGAGAUCGACGACAAUCAUGAAAGCAACGGGGAUGAUGCAACUGCAGUUUCCAUUGAAAAUGGCAUAUCCCAAGGAAAAAAUUAUCCACCGCCGGUUGUGGGGAUGGAGUUUGAAUCUUACGAUGAUGCUUAUAAUUACUAUAACUGUUAUGCCAAGGAACUAGGAUUUGCAAUUAGGGUCAAAUCUUCGUGGACGAAGCGUAACAGCAAAGAGAAACGCGGAGCCGUGCUCUGUUGUAACUGCGAGGGCUUCAAAACAAUCAAAGAAGCAAACAGUCGUAGGAAGGAAACAAGAACUGGCUGUCUCGCGAUGAUAAGGUUGAGGUUAGUAGAAUCAAAUAGAUGGAGGGUUGAUGAAGUCAAACUGGAACACAAUCACCUAUUUGACCAUGAAAGAGCGCAAAAUUGUAAGUCACACAAGAAGAUGGACGCUGUGGCCAAAAGAAAGGUAGAGCCUACUGUGGAUGUAGAAGUGCGGACUAUCAAGUUGUACCGUACAUCUACGGCCGAUCCAGUGGGUUAUGGAAACUUGAACUCACUUGAAGGAGAAAUUAGUGAGACCGUUGAUCGUUCUAAGCGCUUGAAGCUUAACAAAGGAGAUUCCCAAAUUAUAUAUGAUUUUUUUAGCCACAUUCAGCUUACUAGUCCUAAUUUCGUUUACCUGAUAGAUCUGAAUGAUGAAGGUUGUUUAAGGAAUGUUUUUUGGAUGGAUUCUAGGUCUAGGGCUGCAUAUGGUUACUUUGGUGAUGUGGUUGCAGUUGAUACCACGUGCUUGUCAAACAAAUACGAGAUUCCUCUCGUGGCAUUUGUUGGAGUAAAUCAUCAUGGGCAGUCUAUCUUGCUGGGCUGUGGUUUGCUUGCUGAUGAUACAUUCGAAUCAUAUGUUUGGCUAUUUAGGGCAUGGCUUACUUGUAUGUCUGGUCGCUCUCCGCAAACCAUAAUCACAAACCACUGCAGGGCCAUGCAAAGUGCAAUAUCUGAGGUGUUUCCCAGGGCUCACCAUCGACUGCAUUUGUCGCAUGUCAUGCAAAGCUUAUUCGAGAAUUUGGGAGAGUUGCAGGAAUCUGGUGUCUUUCAAAUGAUAUUAAAUAGGACAGUCUAUGAGACCGUGAAGGUGGACGAAUUUGAAAUGGGCUGGGAUGAUAUGAUUCGACAGUUCGGACUUGCAGAUCAUGCAUGGCUUUGUACUCUGUACGAGGAAAGAGAGCGAUGGGCUCCGGUUUACCAAAAAGAUACCUUUUUUGCUGGAAUGUGCACUUUUGAAAAUGGUGAAUGCAGAAGCUCGUUUUUUGACAGUUUUGUGCAUAAGCAAACUUCUUUGAAAGAAUUUUUUGGCAAGUACGAAUUACUUGUGCAAGAAGAGCGUAAAAUAGAAGCAAUCAAUGAUCUUGAAUCGAGAGAUUCAAGUCCAUUGUUGAAAACAAGAUGCUUUUACGAAUUACAGCUUUCGAAGUUGUAUACGAAUGAAAUUUUCAGGAGGUUCCAAGAUGAAGUUGUGAUGAUGCCUUGUUUUAGCAUCACCCAAGUUCAUGCCAACGGACCGGUUAUAACCUACAUGAUUAAGGAACAUGAGGCCGAAGGAGACCGGAGCAAUAUCAAGAACUUCGAAGUCAUGCAUGACAAAGCCGGAACAGAAAUCCGUUGCAUAUGCAGCUGCUUUAACUUCAACGGGUACCUUUGCCGACACUGCUUGUGUGUCCUCCACUACAACGGCGUGGAGGAAAUCCCUUUCCAGUAUAUCUUGUCUCGCUGGCGGAAAGAUUUUAAGCGACUAUACAUACCCGAACUUGGAUCCAAUAACAUCGACAUUAGCAACCCAGUUCAGUGGUUCGACCAUUUGCACAGACGGGCAAUGCAAGUUGUCGAAGAAGGGAUGAUAUCCCGAGAUCAUUCUACGGUUGCAUGGCAAGCCUUUAAAGAAUCUCUGAAUAAAGUUCGACUUGUUGCAGAUAAGCAUGUAUAGUUAAAACAAAGAACAUGUAGAUAAAUUUCUCUGUAGCAUUUAUAAUUAUCUCUUGCGUCCAUAUUUGUAAACAGUCGAGUUUUUCCAGCAUAGUUCUUGAAAUUGGAAUAAAUGUCACAUAGCUAAUUUUAAUGUCAAAA